UGGCUGGCUGCUUGGGUGGGCGUGGUCGCGGAGGGGCCGUCGGAGGGGGAUCCCGGCUGGUGCCUGGUCCGUCCUGCAGGGUUGUUGUGUGGCAGAGGGCUUGCUUGAGAGGUGAAAAGAGCCCAGAAACAUGCCAGUCUUGCCUCUGGAUGAACUCCAGUUUACUAAAAAAGAUUCACUGACGGGGAAGAUGAAAACUUUACCAGCACUGCAUCCCGAAAAUAAAACAGACCGCUCUUUUGUGCUGUACAAGCCCCCACCGAGCACCGAAGAUCCAGGCCUGUUGGAGGAGUUUUCGGAACGAGCCAGAUUUGUCGCAGAAGAUCUGGAUUGGCUUCUGGCGCUACCUCAUGAUAAAUUCUGGUGCCAGGUAAUUUUUGAUGAGUCGCUCCAGAAAUGCCUGGAUUCCUACCUGAGCUACGCCCCCCGCAAGUUUGACACCAGGACAGACCUGCCUGCUGAGGUGAACGACCUACAGAAGCAUCUCCAUCGGAAUGUUUUCCUAACGUUCCUCCGUAUGUCCACCCACAAGGAAUCCAAAGAUCAUUUUAUUACGCCAUCAGUAUUUGGAGAGAUCCUUUACAAUAACUUCUUAUUCGACAUUCCCAAAAUCUUGGAUCUGUGUGUGCUCUUUGGAAAAGGCAAUGGUCCUCUACUCCAAAAGAUGAUUGGAAACAUCUUCACUCAACAGCCAAGUUAUUUCAGCGAUUUGGAUGAAACCAUGCCUACAAUUCUUCAGGUUUUCAGCAACAUCCUGCGUGCCUGUGGCUUGCAGGGAGAAGGGGCUUCGGCUAUGCCACAGAAGCUGGAAGAAAGGGUCAGGACGACUCCAGGGGGAAUUCCUUUGCAGGAGCUGAAAGAUAUUGUACUAUACGUGUGCGACAGCUGCAUCACCCUUUGGGCCUUCCUAGAUACCUUGCCGUUGGCUAGCCAGACUUUCCGAAAGCAUGACUUCUGUUUCAGGCUAGCUGCUUUUUAUGAGCUGGUGGUCCCCGAGUUGGAAUCUGCUAUCAAGAAGCGGCAACACGAGAAUAUCAGACUAUUGUCGGAUUUAUGGAGGAGGCUGUCUCAUUCUCGGAAGAAGAUGUUGGAGAUGUUCCAUGUUCUGGUCAACCAGCUGUGCCUUCAGCCCAUUUUGGAAAGCAGCUGUGACAAUAUCCAGGCUUACGUGGAAGAGUUCCUACAGAUGUUCACCUCUGUGCUCCAGGAGACGAGGUUUCUCCGAGACUAUGAUGAGCUGUUCCCUGUAGCAGAUGAUGUCAGCCUCCUCCAGCAAGCCUCUUCAGCUCUAGAUGAAACUCGGACGUCUUAUAUUUUGCAAGCUGUGGAAAGUGCCUGGGACAGGACAGACAGAAGGAGAAAGACGGUUCAAGACCCAUCCCCCUCAGAAACCACAGCUUUGGCCAUCACAGGGCCCAGUGCCUCAGAGGGACUGGAAAAUUUCGAGGAACAGGAUCACCUGGAGUGUGCGGGAGCAGCUGCCGCCCCGCCAGCCCCUGUCUCUGGAGUGGAGCUGGAUUCCCUGAUCUCUCAAGUGAAGGAUCUGCUCCCUGACCUCGGAGAAGGCUUUGUCCUGGCCUGCUUGGAGGAGUACAACUACAAUGUGGAGCAUGUAAUCAACAACCUUCUGGAGGACAAGUUGGUGGCCUCCCUACAGAAGCUUGACCGAGCAAUGCCUAGGCCUGUGAAACCAGACCCAACCCCUCUCGUCAGCUCCCGAUGCAACGUUUUCCAGGACGAUGAGUUUGAUGUUUUCAGCAAGGAUACGGUGGAUGUCUCUCGGAUUCAAAAAGGCAAAAGGAGCGACAAAGCCACCACCAAAAGCUUACUGAAUGACAAGCGCCUGGUGAAGGAGCAGAGGGAACGCUACAGCCAGUAUUCUGUGAUCGUCGAGGAGGUCCCCGAGCCAAGCGGGUGGAACCUCUUCUCCCAGGAAGACUACGAGGACGAAUAUGAUGAUACCUACGAUGGCAACCAGGUGGGAGCAAAUGAUGCUGACUCGGAUGAUGAGCUGAUCAGUAGAAGGCCGUUUACCAUCCCCCAAGUCCUGAGAUCGAAAGAGGAAGAGGAGCAGGAGGGGGAGGAAGAUGAAGAAGAGGAGAUGGAGGAGAAAGAGGCUCCAAAGGAUCACUUCAUUCAAGAUCCAGCAGUGCUGCGGGAGCGAGCCGAGGCCAGGCGGAUGACCUUCCUGGCAAGGAAAGGGCAGAAGCCAGAUAACUCAGCAGCCGUGGUGGGCAGCGCCAAGGGCCGAGGCCAAAACCGAGAGACGGUGCAGGAGCGGCGGAAGAAAGAGGCCAGCAAGGGGAUGCGGGCAAACCACAACCGGCGCACCAUGGCCGACCGGAAGCGCAGUAAAGGCAUGAUCCCAUCUUGAAGCAGCGGUGCUCCAGGGAGGUGUGUGUGGGAACUGUUCCUCUUCACAGGGAGGUCCAAGCAGAGAGCAUUGCUUGUGCUUUGUGAAGAUGAUUUUCUUGGGGAGGGAGGCACAAAUCUGCACGUAACAGCAGAUAAUUGCAGAGAGCUGCAGGAGGGCUGGGCUGAGUGACCUGUGGAAAUGGCACUGUUGAUAGAGAAAAUGCUUUUCUUUAAAUCCCUCCUCCAGAAA